AUGGCCAUCGAAAACACAUACUGGAAAAACGUCCUCACGGUUGUCCCCAUCGUGGGUGCGGCCAUCGCGACCCUGACCUAUCUUCUCCGGCUGGUAUCCUGUCGCAUCUCCACAGUAGGGCUGAGGUUGGAAGAUCUCUUGAUGGGCAUCGGCUUGAUUCUCUCCUAUUGCGCCACCGCUUUUGUUAUAUAUACGGCAUUCAAUGGUGUGGGCGUCCGAACGACCCUUUUGCCCCCAGAUGAGCGGCAUCGCAUCCAAUUUGUGACCAACACCUACUCUCUUCCUGCGACAUGGCUCACAGCGACUCCGCUAAUGCACCACUAG